CAUUUUUAACUGGUUACUUUUCACAAAACAUUAAAACGUAAGGAAUGUUUUUCUUUUCUUUAUAUUGUCGCAAAAAAAGGUUCAUGUAAGAAGACAGAACCCAAGAUGAUGAACUACCUUUUAUAUGUUUCAAUCCUAUAUUUUUUCGUACAAACUUCUCAAAUUGUUGUCUUGGAAGGCGAAGGUGUUUGCAGAAGAGACAGUAAGAAUAUUAUUACUGUUAAUCAGGAAGAAGACAAGUAUACAAAUGAGACUGAGCUGUACUGCUGCGAAGGCUACAUGGAACAUCUCUCCGGAUGUACUCCUGUUUGUGAGUCGGGAAAAUGUGUGGCUCAUAGCAACUACACUUUGAUGAGCAACCAAACCACAAGCAUAAGUGAACCAAAACCCAACCUUCCUCAAACAUGCGACGAAGGAUUCCAUAUAAACAACGGUGCUUGUGAACCAAUUUGUUCUAGACCUUGCAAAAAUGGCUACUGCUCUACCCCCAACAACUGCACUUGUUACGAAGGAUACACCAAGAGUUUUUGGGAUUCCUACAAGUGCAGCCCUGUUUGUAGCCCACCAUGUGUCAAUGGGAUCUGUUCUAUGCCACAGUUCUGUGAGUGUGAAGAAGGCUACUACAAAAAUAAAGUAGUUCCACACAUUUGUGGGCCUUUCUGUUCUCAUGAAUGUAUCAAUGGAUAUUGCUCCUCGCCUGGAAAGUGUACAUGUAAACCAGGUUACAAAAGCACAGAUUACCCUGGCAUAUGUGAACCCAUUUGUUCUAAAAAGUGUGUUAACGGCUAUUGCGACAGGCCAGAAUACUGUGAAUGUUAUUGGGGGUUCCGAAAAGACCCUUUCAUGCUAAACAAAUGCACUCCAUGUAUCAGUAAAGAUUGUGGCGACAGUACUAGUCCUGUCUGUUCAAAAGAGUGUGUCAACGGAAAAUGUAUAGCUUCUGAAACAUGUGAAUGUUUAGAAGGCUAUCAGUUAGGUCCAGUAAGUCACAUUUGUGUUCCUGUAUGUUCAGAUUGUGAGUACGGAGCUUGUGUAGCACCUGACACUUGUAUUUGCUUCAGAGGAUACACAAACCCAUCAGGGAAUUACUCAACAUGCGUUCCUCGCUGUGAAGAGCCUUGCGUGAAUGCAGAAUGCAUCGGACCUAACGAGUGCUCUUGUUCAAGCGGCUAUGUGAAAGAUGUGCAUAACAAUAAUAUUUGUAGCCCUAAAUGUUCCAAGUGUGUAAAUGGAUACUGUUUGAUGCCGGAGCAGUGCUUGUGCUUUCUUGGAUACGAACCUGAUGAAGAACUUCAGAAUGUUUGUGACCCCUUUUGCUCGGUCGAUUGUAACAAUGGUAUAUGUGUACAGCCUGAUAUUUGUGAGUGCUUCUGGGGAUUCACUUAUGAGAACAUUUCUUCCCAAUGCUUGUAUGCUAGCAAUACUACAGAAGACUUGGACUUUUCUUUUGAAUUUACCUCAAAAAAAUUUUUAUAUUCCUACCAGAUUGACAUAGGUAUAAAUAGAUCGUAUUUUCUACAAAGAAUCUUGAAGAAGCUAAACUCAAAUUAUCUUCUUGUUAUAGUGUGUACUUUUGAAGCAAGUUCAACACUUUUGGAUGAAGAUAAAAAUAAUUUUCUAUGUGAGAUGGAAAAACGGAAUAAAAAUAUCACUGGAAGAAGGGAAAACACAAAAGUAAUCUCAAACAUCACGGGUGAAAUUCAUUUUACAUUUUUUAUUAACUUUACAUUGUUUAUAAAAAAUGAGAAAAUUACUGUUAAUUAUUUAAAUGGUACCAGUUAUGAAAGUGACUCACUUAUGAAUUGGUGCGCCUGUUUUGACAAAAGAAUUUGGACAUUGCAAGUGAAUGACGAAAUAGAAUUUCAUCUUUGUCCCUGCAAUCAAGAUUUAAUUUACUUCAUUCCAGGGUCUGACGAUCUACUACUGGCUUAUGCAUUGCUAGGAACAUUCAUGUUUCUCUUAGUAAUUUCUCCAACACUAAUCUGGAAAACAAGGAGAAAAAGAAGUUUAACGAUAAACAGGAAAGAAGGUGCAAUAAAAAGUAAACUCUCCACAAGUCUAGAAGAGGAACGGAGACCAAGAUUCUCUUAUAACUCAUUAGACAGACGACUGCCUCCACAAACCUACCAGAUUCCAAAUGUCUUCUCCGAUCAGUACCUGGAUACGAGAGUUUGAGCAAAGAACAUUUUGUUUAAGAUACUAAAUAAAUAAUUAAAACAAUAGGCCCUAACCAAACCAUCAAAUUAGAACACCAGUUUAAGUCUUUUCUAUUCACUUUGAGAUGAGUUAGGAACAAUUAUAGAUAUUGUUUGCAUUUUAACUCUUAAUACUCUAUAGGACUUUACCUUGCCCAAUGAUGAUGCAAUAGGUUCCAAAUAUUUGCUUUUGAUUUCCGUAUAGUGAAAGAUAAACUUUUCCUGGUCUUUUAAUUUAAUAGAAAUUUAAAAGAGGGCCAAGUGGAUGUUCCAAGAGUUUUUUUUUUUAAGGAAUAGAGUUCAGUUACCCUGCCUAUGAAGGUUAGAGUCCAGAUGCUAAUAGACACAGGAUAAAAGGCCACAUAGUGUAACAUUACGUUAUGUCCUGAUAGUACAUCCUCAGAGAAUUGUGUACAGAUAAUAUCUUGUUUCCUCUGUCUACUCCCUGAAGAAGUAAUAAUGGGACGAAAUAUCAGAGUUUUUCUGUGUGACUUUUUUGUCCAUAGUAAACCCCUAGACUCUAACUUUUUAGGUAGACUAGCUAACAUACCUUAAUCCUUUAAAAAUGCAAUAUUUUAAUAAAUCCUAACUUUGGCUUCAAAUUACACACAAUAUUGUAAACUAGUCAUAGGUCCAUAACAAUGAAUAUUAAUUACCGUUUUUUAUUCUCUUCUUUCUUGAGGUAAACGUUAGUACCCGCCCUAUAUGUACAUUUCUCCAUCUUGUAUACCAUCUGGCACCAAGCUGGUAAAUGUACCUGGGUGAAUACUAACUUUUACCUCCAGAACGAAGGCAACAAAAAUAGGCAAGUAAUAUGAUUCAUGUUCUUGAAAUUGGGAUGACAAAAAAAAUAUGAAUACACUCUUUAAGGCCUUAAGCAAAUUGUUUAACACAAAAUGUAAAAAUACUGCAGAAUUCUUUUGUGUAAUGUUGGUGUACUAGAUGAAGCAUUUAUUGACACCAGCCAAGGGUAGAUUUACACAAUGCAGGGUUUUUACGUAUUUAUAGCUUAUUCAAUGUGUUGUUGCUUAAUCUAUUUUGUUCACCAACAUAACUGAUAUGAUGUCAUCUUCUUUCUGAAACUCAAUGGUCGUUGACUGAAAUAUUUUUAAAAUCUGAUCAAACAUCUAAACCUUGAGGUUUGUCUUCAAUGUAUCUAAUAGAAGAGAUACAUAAUACCCAUUUCAAUAGGUCACAAUCAUAGUGAGUGUAGCAAUGUUUGUAAAUUUACAAGUGUGAACAACUUUUGAAUUGAGGAUAAACGUGAAUGAGUAGUUUUCAACAGUAAUAUAAAAGUGGAGUUUUCAAAAAGAAGAUUAUAUUACACGCAUAAUCACGUUAUUAUAUAAAACAAACAAAAAACAUAACCAGCCUUAAAUAAUUGUAAUGAAUAUACACAUUUUAAAGCAUAGAAUAUGGUUUUAUUUUAUUAACUGAACAUUUGAAAGAAACAUAAAAAUUGCAACAUUUUCUUCUGGUUUACAAAUACUGUGUAGUGUUUAUACAGUAUGUUCUAGUAAAUAUAAGGUUUUUAAAUGCUAUAAUUCUAUUUUAUAAAU